AUCACUCAAGUCAAAGUUUAUAUAACAGAAAAAGAAGAAUAUUAAGUUUUGAAAAAGAAAAGCGAAAACAAAAGAAAUGGCAAAGAACCUCAACACUGUCAGCUUUACCGUUCUCUUGCUUGUCCUCUUGAUGGCUUCCACUGGAAUCCUAGAGACCGAGGCUGCAUGCUUCAAGUUCUUAGGCGAGUGUGGGGCGGUCCCGUUCCCAGGUACAAAUGCUGAUUGCACAAGCUGUUGCGUGGGGAAUUUCGGGUCUGCAGUGUGUGCUGGACGUGUUGAAGUCGAGGGAGGCGUGAAACACUGCCAUUGCUACGGAACGUCUUGAUAACAUCAACAAGUCUAACCUUUGCUUCCAUUCCGUGUGAGGACAUUAUGUGUGUGUAUGUUAAUGUUCAAGUUUCUUUUGCUUCCAAAUAAAACAUCAAGGGCAAAGCUUAACUAUGCUUGCUCCAAAGUCUAAGCUCAUGUUGUGUGCACUUUCGUUUCUUUCUUAAUCGUAAACUUGUUUUGUGUGUUUGGGUUUGUGUUCAUUCAUUCCAUUCACCGCUAGUGACAGUUUUGCAAGUUUAUUUUUAACUUAC